CAGCUUUCUUUCUCGAUCUUCCCUUUCAUUCAAUUCCCUUCUUUAAUUGCGUUUCUCCCUUGAAAGAUUGUCUCUCUCUAUCUCAGAUCUGAUCUCCAAUCUAGGGUUUUAGCAUCUUCUCCCUUGUUAAUCUGAUUCUGUACAAUUUCUAGGGUUCAAAGCAUAGGGAUUUUGCACAAAAUUUCAAUGUUUAUGGAGUUUCUAUGACCCUCUCUAACCCCAUGCGUCGGAUUCGUCUCCUUCACUCCUUCUCGGUCGUCUUCCUCUACUGGUUCUACGUUUUCUCAUGAACUCACCCUCAGCACGUUGAUAAUCUCUCUCUGUUAUUUAGUUUUAGCUAGCUGAUCCCGAUUUUUCUUAGUCUAAAAAACAAAGAACAGAAACCCUAAUUCCCUUUUGACAAAACGCUAGUUUCAUCGAUAAGAACCAGAAAGAAGAAGACGUAAGAGAAGGAGUUGAAAUGGCUUCAGUUUACCGCAAUUCGAGCUCAGGAUCGGAGGGCGGAGAGCCCGUGAUGGAUGAGAGGAAGAGGAAGAGGAUGCUGUCGAACCGCGAAUCGGCGCGGCGGUCGCGGAUGAGGAAGCAAAAGCAGCUGGUUAAGAUGAAGGAGGAAUCUUAUGCAGAGAUUGAAUCCUCAAACGGCGUCAUCAGGGCUCAGAUCACGGAGCUUGGGGACAGGCUUAAGUUCCUCAAUUCCAUCCUCGAAAUUGCUGAAGUCGUAAGCGGCGGUGAGCUCUCCGUUGAUUUACCGGAGAUUCUGGAUCCUCUCAUGAAGCCUUGGCAGAUUCCUUACCCAUUUCAGCCAAUCAUGGCUUCGGCAGACAUGUUCCUGCAUUGAAGUGUUACAGAAUUAUGUUGGUGUUUGGCAGAGAAGCUCCUGCUCGGAUGUGUGGGUAGUUUAGUAAUUUAGUUUGGGAUUCUUGUGUCGCCAUUGGGUGGUAGUUUUAAAAUAAAAAGGGGGCUUCAGUUUGGGGUUGUGAAAGUGUUCGGAAUGAUGAUGAGUGCCAAUGUCAUGUCUGUGAAUUAUAUGUAUCUGCUUGUGAUGUUCUCUGGGUUCAGUUAUAUGCGAUGUUCUGUUUCAUUAAAUGGCAUUGUCUUGUUUUGUAUCUGUAUUAUCAUUGUUAAUUGGAAAUGAUGUUCUCUUCUUACGCUUU